UCUGCAGCUUGUGGCGGCACGCUCCGGGGCUGCGUCCGCGGCGCUCCCGGUAGCCAUGUACCGCAGUGGCUCCCGCUCCUCCGUCUCUUCGCACCGGCCGAAAGACGGCGGCGCGAGCGGCCCGCCGCCGGGCCGUCCCGUGGGCUCCUCCUCAGGCCCCGCACGCCGCCCCUCGUCGCCGCCGCCGCCGCCCUCCUCUUGCUCCUCGCUGCGGCUCCCCUCCCGCCGCCACCGCUCGCCCUCAGGUCACCGCGGCCGCUGGGCCUCGCCGUCCCCGCCUCGGGGUCGUCGCGGCUCCCCGUCCCCGCCCCGCGGCCGACGGGCCUCGCCGUCUCCGUCCCGCGGCCGACGGGCCUCGCCGUCCCCUCCGCGGGGUCGUCGUGGCUCCCCGUCCCCGCCGCGCGCCCGUCGCGGCUCCCCGUCGCCACCGCGGAGCCGGCGACACUACCCACCUGGCCUGGGUGGCUUCCGAGGCAGCAUUCGAGGCGAGUCCCGCGCCGAUUUCGCCCGGGACGGCCGCGGAGACCAUCCAGGCGACGGCGGCGGCAGUCGGAGACGUUCUCCUGGUCUGUGUUCUGAUUCUUCUUUGGAGCAGAGUUUAAGGAUCACAGUUGGCAAUGACCACUUCUGUGUUAGCACACCAGAGCGACGUGGGCUCAGUGAGCGGCUGGGAUCUCCCAUGGAUGGUCUGCAGGACGUGGACAGGGAUGACCUGACUGAUGAUUCUGUUUUCACUCGAAGCUCCCAGUGUUCUCGGGGUCUUGAACGAUACAUUUCUCGGGAGGAGGGACCACUUAGUCCCUUCUUGGGACAACUUGAUGAGGACUACCGGACAAGAGAAACUUUUCUGCAUCGAUCUGAGUAUAGUCCCCAGAGCAGUUGUCACGAUGAAUUGUUGAGGGGAACAGAACGCAAUAGAGACAAACUUAAAAGCUCCUCCUAUUCCAUACGCUCUGAGGAAAGAAGCCGGGAGGCCAAAAGGCCCCGUUAUGAUGACACAGAGAAGGUCCACAGCACAGGAGGGGAUCACUCAGGUUUUACAUCUGGGACUCGAAGCUACCGGCAGCGGAGAAACAGCCCGAGCCCUCGGUUCCUAGAUCCCGAGUUUCGAGAACUGGACCUUGCCAGGAGAAGGCGAGAGGAAGAAGAGGAGCAGAGUAGGAGCUUGAGUCAAGAGCUGCUGGGGGUUGAUGGCGGGCAGACUGGCUCUUCCAUCCCCGGCUUGUCAGGUGUCCUAACGCCAUCAGAGCCUGGGUAUUCUUUGCAGCGGCCUGAGGAAGUCCCUGUGAUGCCCAAGAAGUCCAUUCUGAAGAAACGAGUUGAAGUGGACAUGAAGCCUUCCUUGCAGCUUGAGGGCUUUUCUAGCGGUGCCAGCCCUGGUGAAGAGCGCCCUCGUUACCCUGAACGUCCUCCUCUUCCACUCAGUGGCGCUAUUGCUGCCUUUACUUCAGGGACUGGAAACAGGGGCACUACGGUGGAGGCCGACCCGAGAGAGCCUCAGAGUGACCCGUACCAGUGGGGCUCCCUCCGUGAGAUCCCGGAAGACAACAGUGAAACGUUUGACAGUUUUCUGGGCUUUAAGGAGAAAUUGGAUUUGAAGGCUGAGGGACUUGAGCAACAGACAGAUUUCUUACUGCCCCACGAGAGAGCUAGCCAGGAUGGCAGUGGCUUUUCUCGAAUUCUGAGCAUGUUGGCUGAUCCUACCAUUACACAGGAAAAAAGAAGGCGUAGCUUCCCUGAUAUUGAGGAUGAGGAGAAAUUUCUCUAUGGGGAUGAAGAGGAGGAUGUAAAAUCAGAAUCCCCACCUAAGUCCCUGGAGGACCCGGAGAGUACAGGUACGAGACAGAAGGCAAACUCUCUGCCCUCGACUCCAGCUGGAAAGCUAGAAUCACUAGAAGAAAGCAAUCCAGAGUAUGCCAAGAUUCACAACUUGCUUAAGACCAUAGGGCUGGAUAUUGGAGUAGCAGAAAUUGGUAAAUUGGCUGCACGCACCCAGGAGAGACUUCAUGGCAAGAAGCCAUCAUCACGCCCCUUAGCUGACCGACGUUCGUCAGCUGACCGACACUUGUCUGGUGACCGACACUUUUCAGCUGACCGCUGUUCCUCGGUUGACCACAGUUUCACAACUGAUUGGCGCUCAUCAGACCCUCACAGACCGGAGAGUAGGGAGGCACAUCAUAGCAGUGCUCAGUCCCCAGAAGUACCUCAUCCACACCCAGCUUCCCUGGUGGAUCCUUACUUGUGCACAAAAAAUAGCCCUCCAUUCCUAACGUCUGACCAUCCAGUGGGCCAUGUUUCAGGACCAGAGGUAGUUGGCAGUGGGCUUCAGUCAUCUGUUGCUGUUCGGUGCGUGCUGCCAUCAGCCCCAUCUACCCCGAUUAGACUUCCUCACUCUGCUGCAUUGUCUCCGUUUCAUAUACCAAGGGUCUCUCAGUUUGCUGCAGCUCGGAUACCUCCAAAUUACCAGGGAUCUGUCAUCCCCUCUGCCUCCUUUGAUGCAUAUAGGCACUACAUGGCAUAUGCAGCCUCAAGGUGGCCUGUGUAUCCUGCCUCUCAACCACCAGGCCACCCUUUAUCUGACCCACACAGGCUAAUACCAGUAACCAAACAAGCUACUCGUAGCCGUCCCAAUCUCCGGGUGAUCCCUACUGUGACUCCUGCAAAGCCCAAACAAGAAAUACCAGUACUAGGCUCAAUAUCUGUGAAGCGAAUUCCUGUUCGGGUGUCCAUUCCAUCACUCAUAAGAUGUAAUCCAAAGAAGAUGUCUGACGAGAAGAACCGUGCCUCCCAGAAGCAGAAGGUUAUCGAGGAGAGAGAAAAACUGAAAACUGAACAGGAAGCCCGGCAAAAGAAAAUGUUUUAUCUCACGAGUGAGUUGGAGCGGCUCCAUAAACAGCAAGGGGAGAUGUUGCGUAAGAAGCGAAGGGAGAAGGAUGGUCACAAAGAUCCACUUCUGAUGGAGGUGAGUCGUCUUCAGGAUAGUAUUAUGAAGGACAUUGCCGAGCUACAUAAAGAGACAGAAGAAGCAGAAAAGAAGCAGUCUGAACUGGACAAAGUGGCUCAGAUCUUGGGAAUUGACAUCUUUGAUAAAUCCCUGAAAUCUUCAAAUGACAGUAAAGAGUCUACAGAGAAGCCUGAAAAAGAAAAAUCUAAGAGCCCAGAAAAAGAGUUGUCACCCUCAAACUCUUCCUCUAACAACAAGGAAUCAAAAGUGAAUGAAAAGUCCUGUAUUAAGAGCCCUAGUUCUACUGAAAGCCUCCAUCCAACUGUUAAACAGUCUGAUCAGCCUGUUGCUGCUUACGAGUAUUAUGAUGCUGGCAGUCACUGGUGUAAAGACUGCAAUACCAUCUGUGGGACCAUGUUUGACUUCUUCACCCAUAUGCACAAUAAGAAGCACACACAGACACUGGAUCCCUACAACAGACCUUGGGCUUCAAAGACCCAGAGCGAGGCUAAGCAAGACACUGGAAAGCGAACUGACAAGAUAACUGUUCCUGCAAAAGGCUCUGAGUUUCUGAUUCCUAUCACUGGGUUUUACUGCCAACUUUGUGAGGAAUUUUUGGGGGAUCCAAUUUCUGGAGAGCAGCAUGUCAAGGGUCAUCAACACAAUGAAAACUACAAGAAAUAUGUGGAAGAAAACCCAUUGUAUGAAGAACGAAGAAAUCUGGACCGCCAAGCUGGCUUGGCUGUCGUCCUAGAGACAGAGCGGCGACGGCAAAAUGAGCUAAAACGCAAACUUAACGAGAAGCCAAAGGAGGAGAAGAUAGAAAAAAAGGCAAAAAUUGUGAAAGAAGUAAAGGAAGGUGACAAAACCUCUGGAGAACUAGAGGACCAACUCUCUGAGGGUGGGGGUUCCCCUGAGAGCAGUGAAGUGAAACGGAAGGCUAGCCUCAAACCCCAAGUAAGAGAAGAGGUAAAGAAGGAACCAUCAAUAGCAACUUCUUUUGGCAAGUUCAGUUGGAAGAAGCCAGAAAAAGAAGAAGAAAAAGCUUCAGUGGUGACCCCAGGUACCCCUAAGGAAGACACGGUGGAAACCAGUAAGGACAGAGAUGACAGCAAAGCUGAAGUUGGAAAGGCAAAGCCCAUCAAAAUCAAGCUUUCCGGAAAAACUGUUGUUGCACAUACCAGUCCCUGGACACCUGUCGUUACAACGUCAACACAGACUAAGAUCCGACCCAACUUGCCUAUCCCAUCCACAGUAUUCCGCAAGUCAGGUUCAGCCACAGUGAGCAAGCCUGCUCCUCUUAAUACCUUUCUGUCUAUCAAGUCCUCUGGCGCCUCCGCCAAGCCUCUGCCAGUGGUUAAAGAGCCUUCAUCAGAUCUUCUCUUGCCUCCAGAUAUCAUCUCCAAAGCUUUUGGGGGAGAAGAGGUGGUUCUAAAAGGGUCUCCAGAGGAAAAAGUGGAACUGGCUGAAAAGAAUGAGCCAUCCCAAGUACCUGAGCAAAUGCUGGCUCUACUUCCACCGCCACCACCGCCACCGCCACCCCCACCUCCACCGCCACCACCUCCACCACCCCUGGCUGUACCUCAACUAUCUGCCCCAUCCCCUGCUCAGGCAAAUGUUGUCUUAACUCCAGUUAAAUCUAAUUCGGUGGUAUCUCAGACUUUCAGUCUUGGGUUCCAAAGUCCUAACGUUUUGAACUCAGGGUUGCCUAUGGCCUUCAUGGCCUCAGAACAAGCAGCUGUCAUUCCUUCUGAUGAGACAGCUCCUGGGGUGAGUGAGAGUGACUGGGACCAGACCCUAAUCUCUAUGUUAGUACGGCCUCCACCACCCCUUUCCAGUGUAUUCAGUGAACAGGCCAGAAAAUUAGAAAAGCGAAAUUCGUGCUUAGCCACAGCCAAUGCUAAGGACCUGUAUGAUAUAUUCUACAGUAGUGGUGGAAAGGGGGCCCAUGAGACUAAGCUGAGUAGUAGUUCAUUGGCCAAUGGGGAAAGCAAUAGCCUUUCUAGAACAGAAAGUUCAGAUAUCUCCUCCACUUCUGCUUUGAACAGUAGUGUAUCCUCAGAGGACCUGCCUCAAUGUAGUGCUUUGGUCACUGCUACUGAAAUCAGUAAUCUUGAAGAUACUAUUUCAAAAGGUAUGGAGUCCAUAGGGAAAUGGUCUGCUGUAGAUCAGAUAGAUCCCAAAAGCAGAGACAGCACCUAUAGCUUCCUACAGCCUCUGACAAGGUUAUACCAAAAUAAACCUUGUGAAAUAGUUUCCCCAAAGACAGACACUUUGGUCAUGUGGACUUCUGGUGCUUUCCAGAAUGACACUGAUAAAGAUAGACCUCCAGAGGGGAAAAUCAGACUUGACCUGGGAGAGCCAGGGCCACCUGGUACAGACUCAACUUCUCAUUUGUCAGAUAUACACUGUCAAACCAAUGGAUCUCAGAAGUUGGUAGAAAUUAACCUCAUAGAUAAACAAAACAAGAACCAAGAGGUAUACCAGUCAGAGGAUUGCAGAGAAAGUGAAAUGAAGAGAAACACUGAACUAAAAGGAAAGGUAGCAGCUGAAAAAAAAGAAGAAGAAGAAGAAGAAGAAAAAGAAGGUGCUAACAGCAUAGAAGAUUCUAAUUCAAACCAUGGCAAUAGAAAUACAUGGGAAGGAGAAAUAGGACAACCCAAGUUGUCAGCAGUUGACAAAGAGGAAGAAGAGUCUAGCAAAUUGAUGACAGGACAUGAGACUACAAGUAAAGUAGUAAUUGAGUGGAGUCAGUCUCUCCCUUCCAAAAGGACAAAAAUAGAUUCAUUUCCAUCAUUGCUCCAGAAGCCAAAAGGCAUGCCUGAACUACUUCUGCUGUCUCCAGCUCGAUCAGGUAUGUGUUUAAAGAGACAAGAGAUUUGGGAGAGGCCAGAAAAACCAGGAUUGGAAGAUGUGGAGCUACAAGGUACCCAUCCAGAACUAACUGUGACAAUAGAAAGCAAAGUUUUGGAAAACUUUGACAGUACACAUUUAGAGGUAGAGGGCUUUGCAUCUCUGAGGAAUCUGGGGGACAUGCAUGCCAAUUUCUGUAGUAGUCAGCUAGAACAAACACGGAGAUCACCAACUGCCCUGUCACAAAAAACGUCUGAAGAAAAUUCUGUGUCAUCUGUUAGGUGUAAUCCUUCCAGUUCCAGUGACAUUGAACCAGUACCAUCUUUUUCUGGAUUUCCAUUAGAAUCUCCCAAAACUUUGGUGCUUAACUUUGAAACAGAGGGUACACAUACCUCAUCUAAUUCCAGAAAUGGGAGAAUUGCCUCUAACUCUUUGGAAACUGGACACCCUGUGGAAAGUGUUGACCAUGACUUAGGAGGUGAGAGAACACACCAGGCCCUUGACCUCUUGGCUGGAGGAAUGUUGUCUGAGGAAGUAAAAGAAACUUCACCACUACAGAAAGAUUUACUCAGAAUGGAGUCCACCACGGUCAGUUCUUCAUGCCUUGGACCAUCUCCUUGCCUUCCAGACCUUGUUGAUUUUGUCACACGGACACCUGGAGUUCCAAAAGAGAAACCAUGUUCUCCACUUUCUGAGCCAGAUGACUUUCUCAAGUGUAGUUCAUUGGAGAUGGGAUCAUCCCCUCCAGAAAUCCUGCAUGCCUCUGUCUCAGAGGUAGCAGUUCCUCACGUGAGUGAGGACAAUGACAGUGCUUUGAAUUUGGUCAAAACUCCACCCUCGGGCUCCCCCUCAAGGGAUCAGGUGGUUGGAGGCAAUGUGAGCCCUCAGGAAAUGCCUGAACAAGAAGCUGCAGUUGAUGUCAUCCCAGACCACACAAGGUCCAAUGUUUAUGACCAUAACAGUCAGGACUACUUAAAUGGAUGAAUCUUUAGAUUUUGGAAAUUGGAUCCCAGGACUAGUUGGCAAUCUCAUCUGGAACCGGCACAGUAAAUGUUCAUUGGAGUU